GUGACUCGACCCACGUGAUUUAUUCCACUUCCGGUUAAAGGAGAAAAACAACAAAAGAGUUGAAAAUCGUUCUUAAUGGACGAGAAAAGAGCCCCUGGCAGGUCAAAGAGACCUGUUAAACCUCCUGAAGACGGAAGCUGGGAUUGUAGUGUAUGCACAUAUAAGAACUCUGCCGAGGCAUAUAAGUGUGAUAUGUGCGAUGUUAGAAAGGGCACCUCUACUCGCAAACCUAAGUUGAAUCCUCAGCUGGUUGCUCAGCAGGUUGCACAACAGUAUGCAGCUCCCUUAACACCUCCCCCCGGAUCUCCAAACCUAGAAGACGAGGAUCAAGAACGACUUUUUCCAGAGCCUACAGAUGACAUAUUUGGUCCUCCACCCGCACCCCCAAAGCCAGUGUUUAAAAAAGAGAAAGGAUUAGCAUCUGUGAACAAAGGAGAAAAAUCAAACACACAAAUAAAGCAAAAUACACAACAAAAGCAGCAUAAACAGACAAAGAAAAAUACAAGGCCUCCAAGAUUGAAGAAUGUAGAUCGAAGCAGCGCACAGCAGAUCGCCGUCACCGUAGAUAACGUGACUGUUAUGAUAACAGAUUAUCAACCAAAGAAACGCAAACUUGCCACCGAACUGACCAAAGUGCAGUCAGAUAUGAGUGACACUUCAAGCAAUGCCAGCAAUGAUAUUCACGAAGAUAGACUUGUUAGUGAUAAUCAUACCUGAAACGUCAUUAAGUUCUUCAGAUGUCGUCUUCAUUUUAUGUAAAUCUUCCGGACUACCGUACUACAGUAUGACAUAUAGUAUCCUAGUGAAUAUUGACGGUUUCCGUCGGAGAACUGGUUCUUCUAACAGGGAUGAUUGCAAGUGUAUUUGAUUCUGUAUUUUUUCAAAAGGCUGUCUUGCGGAAGGAAUUGAAUUCUAUUAUACCUCCAUUUCAGAAAAGAGUGAGGGGGUGUUUGUUGUUAUGCUCAUUAGGGUCUGUCUCCAAAACAUUCAGUUUCAUAUCUAAAGUUGAAGAUCCCUUUGGUUUAUGAUUUCAGACAUCAUACCAUGAUUGCCUGUGGUCAUUAGAUGACCCUUAUUAUGACAUACAUUAUCAGCUAGCCGCUGUAGUUCUGGUGUCAGUGAACAUGUAUAUUAAAGGACGAGGUCACUCACUAUGAUCUUGAGACUGAAGAAACUUUCAUUCAUGAAUUUGAGAAUAUUAAAUUAUGGGCCUUCAGUUUUCAAACUUGAUAGUUAUUUUUUGUAAGUGCUUAUAAGAUGAUCACUAUUGUUCAAAGGGUAAGUAGGUCAAGUGUCAAGGUCAUAAUGACCUCUUCUAAAUGAUAGGAGAACUUGUAGGUUGAUGACCAGUAACUUUGAAGUUAAGGAUGACUGCAGUGAUUAGUAUAUAACUGUUUAUAUUUUUGAAGUCAGUUGUCCAAAUGUUAAGUUACAACUAUAUACAUGUAUACCCAGUUUUAUCCUACAGGCUAUCAUUUGCAGAAGUAGGGGACAUUGUGUUUAACAUAAAUAUGCUAAUGUUGUAAUGAUCCUCAUCUUACAUUUAUCAUUUUGUAUAUAACCUAACAUUAUGUAUAGAGAAAAUGCAUAUUCUUCCAUGAAUCUAUUUGUAGUGAUUGUCAUUGAAUAUUCAUCUCAGCUACAUUUAGCUUUGGCAACAGGUCUCGGUAGCUUUAGUUUUCUUUGUCUUUGAAUCAAAUCUUUAAAACACACAAGAAGUGAUGUAUGUAUUAUGUGAUGGCACUGGUCAUACAUCUGGCUGUCCUUCCGUCAUUAAAUUAUUUUAGUUUUUAGCUCGACUUUUCGAAGAAAAAUUAGAACUAUUGUUCUCACCCCAGCGUCGGUGUCGCCGUUGGUUAAAGUUUUUGAUAAAGUCAGUUAUCUCUUAUACUAUCAAAGCUAUUGACUUGAAAAUUAAAAUGGUUAUUUACUAUCAAAGUCUGCACCAGGAGAAACAAUCCCCAUAACUCUGUUUGAAUUUUGACUGAGUUAUGUCCCUUUUGAACUUAAAAUUUUUUGGCUAAAAUUUUUGAUAAAGUCAAUAUCUCUGUUGCUAUCAAAGCUUUUCACGUGAACCUUAAAACAGUUAUUUUCUGUCAAAGUCUACACCAGGAGAAACAAUCCCAAUAACUCUGAUUUGAAUUUUGACAGAGUUAUUUGCCCCUUUUUAACUUAGAAUUAUUUGGUUAAAGUUUUUCCUGGCAAAGCUCUGUAAUUAAGAGUCAAGCACAUGAGAAAAGUCGAGCGCGCUGUCAUCAGACAGCUCUUGUUUCAAUAUAACAUAAGUAUGAGUUGACCUAUGACCUUCAGACUUGAUUUGCACAUUGCAAAUCCUGAUUGAUUUUGAGGUCUGUGGUCAAUAUCACUGUGACUGUUAGUACAAGAAUGUUUUUAUUCUGUUCAAUAUCUUGAAAAUGCCUAGACCUACUAUCUUCAAACUUGAUAACCUCAAUUGAUUGUGAUGACAGUUGGUCAGAUGUCAAAGGUCAAAGUCACAAUAGCUGUUUGUACAUACACCAUUUCAACUCAGUGUCAUGAGAACCCAUUGACUCUUAUCCUCAAACAUAAUUUAUUGAAAACCCCUGACUUACAAUCCUCAAACUUGGCAUUAACAGUGCGCAUGGGUAGUUGAUGAAACCGGGAUGGCUUUUGAGCACUGUUAUUGUUAUCACAAAAAGCUGUUCUGCUUAAUAUCUUGAAAGCACCCUGAUCUAAGUUCUACAAACUUGGCAGGCACAUUGCCAAUGAACAGUGCAUGACUGCUAUUGUUUCGAGAAUAAUGAGUGAAAGGUCAAGGUAUCCUGUUGGAACAAAAAAAACAACAACAACAUUUCCACCAAGUAUCUUGAGAAUGCCUUGAUCUAGUAUCCGCAACCUUGGCAUAAAAUGUAAAAAGGAAAUUUCUCUGUGAAAAAAGUAUUUGCUUUAAAGGGAAAGGCAAUGUUGUUCUUAUGUUAAUUCCAUCUGUUGGAAUUUCAUGAACAGAUUCAAUGAAACCGAGUCUGUGAUUAUUCUUCUUGGUUGCAUUCUUUGCUUCCAAAGGGUCUUUUAACAGAUUUAUUUAAUUAUUUAAAGAAGUGAGAGAGUUUUCAAAAUCGGCUUAAAAAUGAGAAAGUUAUAAGCAUUUAAAUAUUUUAUCAAAAUGGCAGCCAUUUACAGAAAACAAAAUGGUGGAUAUAUUAAAUUUCUAGACACAUAAUUAAACUGUAUUUACUUUACAAUUUUUUAAAAUUUCAAACAGCCAUAUCUAUUUCAUUUGUGGUCCAAUUUUAAAAAUACUUUCAGCAUUAUGAAAGGAUUAAGGAUGACUUUCAUCUAAAAUUAACUUACUGACAGGCAUUCCUUGCCCUUUAAAUUGCAGCAUAUUUUUAUGUCCCCCACCCCAACUCCCAUCCUCCCUCCCUCUGGGAGAGACAUGUUGUUAGCUCGACUAAGGAGAGCUGUCCUACUCGACCUGGUGUCAGAGUCUUUCCACGUUUCCACCUUGGUUAGUUUUUUAACACUUUCUCUUUUUUCACCAUAUCUCUAAUUACUUGAUGGAUUUGAUUCAAACUUAAAAUAGUUAUUCCUCAUCAUCACCCACAUCAUCUGAAAUAAGGGCCAUAACUCUUGCACAAAUAUUUCAUGAUUUAUCCCCCUUUUCAGUUAGAUUUCAAGGUUAAAGUUUUGAUGCACUUUCACUCUAUCUCUGUUAUUACUGAAUGGAUUUGAUUCAAACUUAAAAUAAUUGUUCAACAUCAUCACCCACAUCAUAUGACACAAGGUGCAUAACUCUGGCUCAAUUUUUUUAUGAAUUAUUUCCCUUUUUUACUUAGAAUUUCAGGUUAAAGUUUUGAUGCACUUUCACUCUAUCUCUGGUAUUACUGAAUGAAUUUGAUUCAAACUUAAAAUAAUUGUUCAACAUCAUCACCUACAUCAUAUGACACAAGGUGCAUAACUCUGGCACAAAUUUUUAAUGAAUUAUUCCCCCUUUUUACUUAGAAUUUCAGGUUAAAGUUUUGAUGCACUUUUACUCUAUCUCUGUUAUUACUGAAUGUUUUUGAUUCAUACUCGAAGUAGUUGUUCAGCAUCAUCACCCACAUCAUGUAACACAAGGUGCAUAACUCUAGCGCCAAUGUUUCAUGAAUUAUGCCCCUUUUUACUUAGAAUUUAAGGUUAAUUUUGAUGCAUAUUCACUAUAUCUCAGUUUUUAGCUCACCUGUCAUGAAGUGACAAGGUGAGCUUUUGUGAUCGCACAGCGUCCGUCGUCCGUCCGCGUAAACUUUUCCUUGUGACAUCUCUAGAGGUCACAGUUUUCAUGGGAUCUUUAUGAAAAUGGGUCAGAAUGUUCAUCUUGGUAAAUUCUAGGUCAAGUUCAGAACUGGGUCACGUGCGGCCAAAAAGUAGGUCAGUAGGUCUAAAAAUAGAAAAACCUUGUGACCACUCUAGAGGCCAUAAUUUUCAAUGGAUCUUCAUGAAAAUUGGUCAGAAUGUUCAUCUUGAUGAUAUCUAGGUCAAGUUCGAAACUGGGUCACGUGCCUUCAAAAACUAGGUCAGUAGGUCUAAAAAUAGAAAAAUCUUGUGACCUCUCUAGAGGCCAUAUAUUUCACAAGAUCUUCAUGAAAAUUGGUCAGAACGUUCACCUUGAUGAUAUCUAGGUCAAGUUUGAAACUGGGUCACGUGCCUUCAAAAACUAGGUCAGUAGGUGAAAUAAUAGAAAAACCUUGUUCCUCUCUAGAGGCCAUAUUUUUCACGGGAUCUGUAUGGAAGUUGGUCUGAAUGUUCAUCUUGAUGAUAUCUAGGUCAAGUUCGAAACUGGGUCACAUGCGGUCAAAAACUAGGUCAGUAGGUCUAAAAUUAUUAAAAUCUUUUGACCUCUCUAGAGGCCAUAUUUUUCAAUGGAUCUUCAUGAAAAUUGAUCUGAAUGUUCACCUUGAUGAUAUCUAGGUCAGUUUCGAAACUGGGUCACGUGCCUUCAAAAACUAGGCCAGUAGGUAUAAAAAUAGAAAAACCUUGUGACCUCUCUAGAGGCCAUAUUUUUCAUGAGAUCUUCAUGAAAAUUAGUGAGGAUGUUCACCUUGAUGAUAUCUAGGUAAAGUUCAAAACAGGGUCACGUACGUUCAAAAACUAGGUCAAUAGGUCAGAUAAUAGAAAAACCUUGUGACAUCUCUAGAGACCAUAUUUUUCAAUGGAUCUUCAUGAAAAUUGGUCAGAAUUUUUAUCUUGAUAAUAUCUAGGUCAAGUUCAAAACUGGGUCACAUGAGCUCAAAAACUAGGUGACUAUGUCAAAUUAUAGAAAAAACGACGUCAUACUCAAAACUGGGUCAUGUGGGAAGAGGUGAGCGAUUCAGGACCAUCAUGGUCCUCUUGUUUAUUAUUGGCCAUAGGGAAAAACUAAGACAACUUUUCUAAUUUUUAGGUGUAUUUUGACAUAUCUGUACCUUGUAAGAAUUUUGUUUUUCUUUUUGGUUAAAUUUCUUUCCUUUGUUGUUCCUGUCCUUUGGACUUAGAUAUAUUUUUCUGAGGACCUUCUUGUCCUCAAGUGCAGUGAUAACAGGUGAGCGAUAUAGGGCCAUCAUGGCCCUCUUGUUACCAAAUGCAUUUGAUUCAAACAUGAAGUAGUUGUUCCACAUCAUCACCCUCAUCAUAUGACACAAGGUGCAUAACUCCUGCACCAAUAUUUUAUGAAUUAUGCCCCCUUUUUGCUUAGAAUUAUAGUUACGUAGUGUUUUGAUACACUUCAUAUUUACCUCUCUGAUUACUUGAUAUUUUUGACACAGACUCAAGCUAUUGUGCAAUAUCUUCAUCCACCAUUGGAGUCAUUAAACUCUCCAGUGACAGCUCCAGUUUCCUCAGAUGUGCCCAGUUUCACUGUCCAGCAUCGAAAUAGUUGAGCGCGCUGUCUCCUGUGACUAGGGCUGGGGCGAUUUCAAAAUUUUGAAACCAGUUAAUCAUUUGUAUGAAAUCGAAUCGAACCGGUUAAUCGGGCGCCAUAUUUGAAAUGCUUUUUAGCUCGACUAUUCAUAGAAUAGUAGAGCUAUUGGACUCGCCCAUGCGUCGGCGUCCGCGUCCGCGUCCCGAUUUGGUUAAGUUUUGUAUGUAAGCUGGUAUCUCAGCAACCACAUGUGGGAAUGGAUUGAAACUUCACACACUUAUUCACUGUGAUAAACUGACUUACAUUGCACAGGUCCCAUAAUUCUAUUCUGCUUUUUUACAAAAUUAUGCCCCUUUUUCGACUUAGAAAUUUUUGGUUAAGGUUUUGUAUGUAAGCUGGUAUCUCAGUAACCACUUGUGGGAAUGGAUUGAAACUUCACACACUUAUUCACUGUGAUAAACUGACUUACACUGCACAGGUCCCAUAACUCUAUUUUGCUUUUUUACAAAAUUAUGCCCCUUUUUCGACUUAGAAAUUUUUGGUUAAGGUUUUGUAUGUAAGCUGGUAUCUCAGUAACCACUUGUGGGAAUGGAUUGAAACUUCACACACUUAUUCACUGUGAUAAACUGACUUACAUUGCACAGGUCCAUAACUCUAUUUUGCUUUUUUACAAAAUUAUGCCCCUUUUUCGACUUAGAAUUUUUUUGGUUAAGGUUUUGUAUGUAAGCUGGUAUCUCAGUACUCACUAAUUGGAAUGGAUUGAAACUUCACACACUUGUUCACUGUCAUGAUCUGACAUGCACAAAGCAGGUUCCAUAACUCUAUUUUGCUUUUUUACAAAAUUAUGCCCCUUUUUCGACUUAGAAUUUUUUGGUUAAGGUUUUGUAUGUAAGCUGGUAUCUCAGUAUCCACUAAUGGGAAAGGAUUGAAACUUCACACACUUGUUCACUGUCAUGAUAUGACAUGCAGUGCGAAGGGUCAAUAACUCAACUUUGCAUUUUACAAAAUUAUGCACCUUUUUGGGUUAAAUUCUUAUAUGUAGGCUGGUAUCUCAGUACCCUCUAAUGGGAAUGGAUUGAAACUUCACACACUUGUCCACUGUCAUGAGCUGAUAAGCACUAUGCAGGUUCCAUAACCCUAUUUUGCUUUUUUUAAAUUAUGCCCCUUUUUCGACUUUCGUAUUCAUUCAAGCGACAAGGCUGUUAAAUAGUCGAGCGUUGCUGUCCUCCGACAGCUCUUGUUUUAUUUCCUGACGACCGUAUAAAGGUACUUUCAGCAGCUGACUUCAUUAGGAACUUACAGACUUUAUCAUUUGGAAGCAGUGUGAUAAUUAAUAUUGGUGUAUUUUAUUUUAGAUAUAUCACGACAAGCAAAUCCAAGACUAUUGAUUUAUGUUCAGUUGAUGUGUUUUAGAGGAAAUAUUCUGCGGGUCUAUGUGCUGGUCAAAGAAAUGUAUAUAGAUAAAGUAUUUCUGAUGUUUAUUGUUUGAGAUCGAUUAGCGCUUUUGCAAAAUUGAAACCAGUUUCACCUAGUAAUCGAAUCGGAUCCGAUUAACCAAGUAAUCGUCCCAGUCCUACCUGUGACAGUUCUUGUUUUUGCCCUGUCCGUUCGUCACACUUCAUUUCCGACCAAUAACUGGAGAAUCGUUUGACCUAGAACCUUCAAACUGUGGUAGGGCUUAUUGAGCAGACCAUGGAAAAUGAUUUCCUAUCAGUAACUUUAGAUUCACUUGACCCAGAAUGUUUAAAUUUCAUAGGAUGAUUGAACAUGCAAAGUAGAUGACCCUUAUUGAUUCCCAAGUCAUUGGAUCAAAGGUCACAAGGGCCUGAACAUGGAAAACCAUUUCUGAUCAGUUAUUUGAGAACCACUUUACCCAGAAUAUUGAAUAUUCAAGGAAUGAUUGGACAUGCAGAGUAGAUGACCCCUAUUGUUGUUUGGGUCGCUCUAUUAAAGGUCAAGGUCACAGUGGCCAGAAUAUGGAAAUCCAUUUCCUGUCAGUAACUUUAGAACCUUCAAACUUCAUGGGGUGAUAGGACUUACAAAGUAAAUGACUCGUUUUGGGGGUAACUUUAUCAAAGGUCAAGGUCACAGGGGCCACCUCUCCGUCACACUUAAUUUUUUAUCAAUAACUGAACCAUUUGACCGAGAACCUUAAAACUUCGUAGGAUGAUAGGACAUACAGAGUAAAUGACCCAUAAAACAUUUGGGGUAUCAGAUCAAAGGUCAGGGUCACAGGGGCCUGAACAUGGAAAACCAUUUCUGAUCAAUAACUUGAGGACCAUCCGACCCAGAAUGUUGGAACUUUAUAGGAUGAUUGGACAUGUAGAGUAGACUAUCCCGAUUGAUUUUUGGGUUACUUGAUCAAAGGUCAAGGACACAGGGACGAGAACAUGGAAAACGGUUUCCAAUCAAUAACUUGCACACCAUUCGACCUAGAACAUAAAAACUUCAUAGGAUGAUAGGACUUACAGAGCAGAUGACUAUUAUUGUUUUUGGCAUCACUUGAGCUAAUGUCAAGGUCACAGGGGUCUGAACAUGGAAAAUGGUUUCCUAUCAAUAACUUGAGAAUCACUUGACCCAGAAUGUUGAAACUUCGUAGGAUGAUUGGACAUGCAGAGUAGAUGACCCGUAUUGAUAAAGUCACAAGGGUCUGAACAUGGAAAAUGGUUUCCGAUCAAUAACUUCAGAACCACUUGACCCAGAAUGUUGAAACUUCAUAGAAUUAUUGGACAUGCUAAGAAGGUGAUCCCUGUUGCAGCCAACCAUCAGUGUCUCUUUGACUUUUGCUCCUGUCCCCUCUUGACUUCUUGCCUAUAACGACUAUGCAUUGGGGGAAACAUGCGCUUUUCUACAAAAGCGUCUUCUAGUUUUCUCGCUAAUUGAUUGUUCUACACAUCAAAAAAAAACAUAGGGAGAGGCUGUCUUUGAUUGUUUAGAAUUAAGGAAUUCUCAGACAAAAAGAGUUGGAUUUAAAAAAAAUCCCAAAUGUUUUGCUUUUUUUGGAAUUAACAGUUUGUGGACCAUUUUAUUACUGGGAAAAAUGUUGCAUGUGGAAUGCAGGCAGUGUGCAGUUUGCUGUUCAAUCUUUUCAAGAAUAAUUUAACAUAUAACAGUAUUCAUUACGGACAUAUUGAAAUUUCAUAAAUGAAACUUUUUUGUAAUGUUUUUGAGGUAUGAAAUACAAUAAAACACAUGAUGCAUUUUAAGCACAUGUAAAUGAAAA